GAGUGCGUGCGGGGUGGGUUGUCGCCCGCCCCCCUUUUUCCCCUUCCCCCUUCCUCGCGCUCUCUCUCGCUCUCUCCUUCUUUCCCCGCCGGUGUCUCCUCCCUUUCCUCGAGGAGCGCAAACAGUUUGAGGGGAAAAAGUGGAGCCGGCAAGGUUGGAUGCUGGAGCCGCCGCCGCCACCGCCGCCGAGGAUCCAGGCGCCCGGGGCGGCGUAGAAAGCAUGGCUGUGUCUUCUCCCCCGAUCAUUCCGGCAACUUCGAGCGGCGGCGGCGGCGGCGGAGGAGGCACCAGCAGCAGCACCACCACCAGCACGGCCGGGAGUUCUGGGGGCUUAUUCCGGGCGGAUCCCCUCUAUUCCUCCAGCCCGUCGGAGUCCCCCCGGCUGACCAGCAGCCUCAUCCACAGCUUCAUCGCCAGCACCGCCGCCGCUAGCGUGCCGGGCAGCGGGGCUGGAGCGGGCGGCGGCGGCGGAGGAAGUGGCGGCGGCGGCGGCGGCGGCAACGAGUGCAAGAUGGUCGAUCUGCACGGGGUGAAGGUGGCGUCUUUCCUGGUGGAAGGGCAGGAGCUGAUCUGCCUGCCGCAGGUCUUCGACCUCUUCCUCAAGCACCUGGUCGGCGGGCUCCACACGGUCUACACCAAGCUGAAGCGGCUGGACAUCGCGCCCGUGGUCUGCACGGUGGAGCAGGUGCGGAUCCUGCGCGGGCUGGGGGCCAUCCAGCCCGGCGUCAACCGCUGCAAACUCAUCACGCGGAAGGACUUUGAAACUUUGUACAACGACUGCACCAACGCCAGUUCACGACCGGGGAGACCCCCCAAGCGUUCUCUGGGGGUUGCAAUACAAGAAAACACGCGCCUCCUGCCCCAUGGAGUGCCCGGCCUCUUAUCACCAGGACUUAUCUCCCCAACAGAUAUAAGAACUUUGUUUUUCCCUGACGAAAGCCACAUAAAGUUUGCAGAGCUCAAGACUCUUCAAAUACAAGGUCUAACGGCAGCUGCCAUGGCAGAAGCCAUGAAAUUACAGAAGAUGAAGCUGAUGGCCAUGAACAGCCUCCACGGAAGCGGGAGUCAGAAUGGGACAGAAUCUGAGAACGAAGAGCUGAAUUCCAAUGCAGGUGGAAGUGAAUCCUCGUGGGAUAAAGAGAAACUUCAGUCGCCCAUCACAACGGGAUCCCAUCACGGGGUUAGCCACACAACGCUGUCAGGGCAGCCCAGUCUGGGAAACACUCAUCCCCUCAGCCCGCUGCAGCAAAACCAUCUUCUCACAAAUCGGAUAGAUCUACCUUUUAUGAUGAUGCCCCACCCACUUCUUCCGGUUGGCCUACCUCCUGCUUCCGUGGCAAUGGCUAUGAAUCAAAUGAAUCAUCUCAAUACUAUAGCUAACAUGGCAGCGGCAGCUCAGAUGCACAGCCCUCUUUCAAGAGCAGGAGCUUCAGUUAUAAAGGAGAGGAUUCAAGACAGCCCUUCACCUGCUCCAUCUGUGGAAGAGAGUCAGCGGCCCGGGAGUCAUGCCUCUUCGCAUCAGAGCAGCAGCGUUUCGAGUUCCCCAUCCCAGCUUGACAAUACACCAGACAGAAUUGGUAUGUUGUCAAACACUAGAGAAGGUGAACCUGUGGAUCAAGAGUCUGGGCCCAACCCAAAAAAACUCCUAAAGGAAAAAGAAGAGGUCCAGAUUGCCAUCCCAAUAAUGAAACCAGCCCUGGAAAAGGUCCAACUGGCUGGACAGACCUUGCCCCCUGGCUUCCCUGCGCCUUUUCUCUUUGCAGAUGGAUUAUCAUCAGUAGAAACUCUGUUAACCAAUAUACAGGGGUUGCUGAAAGUCGCUGUAGAUAAUGCCCGAGUGCAGGAGAAACAGAUCCAGCAGGAAAAGAAAGAGCUGAAGAUGGAGCUGUGCAGGGAGAGAGAACUGAGAGAGAGCCUGGAAAGGCAACUCACUGCUGAGCUGCAAAGCAGAGCAACAAUUCAAAAGCGCUUGAAGAAAGAGAAGAAAGCCAAGAGGAAAUUGCAAGAAGCCCUUGAGUUUGAAUCAAAGAGGAGAGAACAAGUGGAACAGGCACUUAAACAGGCUACAUCAGGCGAUGGUCUCAGGAUGCUAAAUGAUGCUGGGAUUCCAGACAUGGAAGUUGAACACAAUGGAACCCAACAUGAUAACGUGGCAAUGCAAGAAAACAGAACGUACAUCAAACCUACCAUUAUGUACUGAAGACACUAAACAUGAAGGGGGUGGGGUGGGGAAAAUAUAUUGAUAACCAUUUGAAGACUAUAUCACUCAUGAAAGAAGUCCCUUCUAACCUUUGAUGCCUUCAGUGCUGCGUGAAGGACGGGAUUGGUACUGUUGAAAGGUGGACAGUGUAAAGCAAUUUACUAUUCCUGUGUUGAAAAUGACUAAAAUGUCACUGGGAAAUACUGAGACUUCUUCCGAGCUUUCUGUACCAUACCAAAUCUGUUGCAGCAGAUCAUUUUAGGUCCCAGAGGAGAGAGAGAGAGAGAAAUGUUUUAGUAUUUUUAAGCACAUCCAGGAAAUAUUGCCCAAAAGAACUAACUUUCCCCCCUCACAAGGAGUUAGCUAUUACUGUAUAACAAUGGCACAAUGAAUUAAAUAAGCCGCAAAGGUUCUCACUGGCUGUAUGUCCUACACGUCCAGUAUUAUCACUGAAACUGUUCAACACGGAGCUGUUUCAAUUGUGUUUAUAAAUUUAAGCUUUGUUUACUGAAGCUGAAACUCAAUAUAUAUUACAUUUUGAGAGAAAAGUAUGUACAUUUUUUAAUAUGAUACUGAUGUAAAAAUUGUCCUUUCCUUAGAUGACCAAUUUGAGAGUGUGAACUAAACCCCCAAUAGCUGACGUCAUAAGGGGAUUAUGAAUUGAUGCUUCUUCUUUUUUUAAUUCUCAGUUCCGCUUGGCUUUUGGUCUUUCAAAAUGAGUUUUUUUUGGGGGGGAAAGGAUUACUAUAUGGUAGAAUGUUAGAUAAUGGAAACUUUAAAGUAUAGUUUCUCUGUUGUACCAUAUUAAGUUAAAAGUACACAUUCUUUGUUAAA